AUCAAUUUCAGUAAAAACAAGUUCUCAGGAAAUAGAGAACGACCAAGAUCCAACCUCGGAUUCCACAAGUGUCCACUGGUAUGUCGCUCUGACAUAACAAUUGCAUUGCAUUCCUAAGAUACAAUUGGAGAAAAUCCAAUAAGCUUGAGACAUCAGAGAAAUUGAAAUAUGAGCAGCAGCAACAAGUUAUUGAUAUUGGGAGGGACAGGCUACUUAGGACAGCAUCUUCUACAGGAAUUCACUGCAAUCCAAAAUACUCUUCCAUAUGCUCUCUCAUUAGCCUUCACAUACCACACCAACCCCCCUCCUGACCCUCUACUAAAAGCCUUUCCUCACGUCCUACCCUUCCAUGUAGAUUUGCGAACCGGCAAUGGCUUUGAUGCCAUCUCUCAAAAUUUUGGUCAGCCUGAUGUUGUGGUUAAUUGUGCUGCACUUUCUAUUCCGCGUGCCUGUGAAGUGGAUCCUACUGCCGCCAUGUCUAUUAAUGUGCCUUCUGUUCUUGUCAAAUGGUUGUCAAGCUUUAGCUAUGGUGGUACUCUUCUGAUUCACUUGUCUACUGAUCAAGUUUAUGAAGGGACCAAAUCCUUCUACAAGGAAGAUGAUGAAACCCUUCCUGUUAAUGUUUAUGGAAGAUCAAAGGUAGCAGCAGAGCAAUUUAUAUCUGCAAAUUACUCAAAUUUUGCAAUUUUGAGGAGCAGUAUUAUUUAUGGACCUCAGACUGUCUCCCCUGUCCCAAAAUCACUUCCAGUUCAGUGGAUGGAUAGCGUUCUUGCGAAGGGAGAUGCCAUGGAGUUUUUUCAUGAUGAGUUCCGUUGUCCUAUCUAUGUUAAGGAUCUUGUGACCAUCAUAUGGACAUUAACGAAUAGAUGGAUCUCAGGGAGAGAGCCGAUACAGUUACUUUUGAACGUGGGUGGACCAGAUCGGGUUUCCAGGGUUCAGAUGGCUGAAGCUGUUGCACAUAUUAGAGGUUAUAAUUUGUCAUUGAUCAAACCAGUGUCCUCAUCAACUGUUAACCGCGGUGUUAAAUCUCCAGCAGAUAUAUCCAUGGAUAUCACCAGAUUGAUUCAGGCACUCAAUAUGUCAGCGACUGCAUUUAGGGAUGGUGUUAAAUUGACACUUGAAGCUGAACUUGCUUCAACAUCAUAGUAGCUUGUCACUUGCUCUUUACCAGAAUGUCAUCUUUGGGGUGUAUACUGAGGUUCAUUGGAUCUCCUGAAGGGAUAGUUGCUGCCGAGUGGUCGGUAAAGCAGUUGGAUUCAGAAGGUUAAGCUUGCAAACUUAGCACCAAUUCUAUGUGAUUUUAAGAAGUUUAUCAUCCAUCUAGAAGGGUAUGGUUAGUUUGUUCAUGUAUGUGGUAUGGUUCAUAAAUUCAUGAGACUAUACAUCCAUUAUCUGUGUUUAGCAGCAUGCCCUCUUUUGGGUGAUAAUUAUGAUGUUUGAGUCCUCAAUUA